AUGUCAUCCUACAGAGCAGCGACGACGGCCCUCCGCGCCGUCGCGCGCACAUCCAAGCCCGCCUCCAGAACCGCGGCGACGCCCCUCCAGCAAUCGCGGACCUUCGCCAGCGUCCACUCCUCCUCCUCCGCCGCCGCCGCCGCCGGCCUACUCCAACAGAGCCGCCUCCCCCGGAGCACAACACAACAGCACGCACCACAAGCCGCCGCGCGCCGGUCUCCCUUUGCCGGCCGCCAGGGCGGCGUCCGCACAAUCUUCAUCCAGACCGAGCAGACGCCCAACGCGGACGCCAUCAAGUUCCUCCCGAACCACCGCAUCCUGCCCGAGAACAUAUCGACGCCCUUCAUCGAGUACCUCAACCCGCGCUCGACCAUCGCGCCCCCUUACCCGUCCCCGCUGGCCGCCCAGCUCAUGAACAUUGACGGCGUCACCUCGGUCUUUUACGGCGCCGACUUCAUCACCGUCAACAAGGCCGCCGACGCCAACUGGGCGCACAUCCGGCCCGAGGUGUUUGCGCUCAUCACCGAGGCCGCCAUCGUCAACGUCUCGGACAAGAAGGAGGGCGGCGUUGCCGGCGAGGAGCAGCAGCACGGCGAGGAGGACAGCCUGGCGUACGACGAGAACGACAGCGAGGUCGUGGGCAUGAUCAAGGAGCUGCUCGAGACGAGGAUACGCCCCGCCAUCCAGGAGGACGGCGGCGACAUCGAGUUCCGCGGCUUCACGGACGAGGGCAUCGUCUUGCUCAAGCUGCGUGGCGCGUGCCGGACGUGCGACUCCAGCACGGUGACGCUGAAGAACGGCAUCGAGGGCAUGCUCAUGCACUAUAUCGAGGAGGUCAAGGGCGUCCAGCAGAUCCUCGACCAGGAGGAGGAAAUCGCCAUCCAGGAGUUUGCCAAGUUUGAAGAGAAGCUCAAGGCCCAGAAGGGCUCCGAGGCGACCGCGGCGUAG